AUGCGUACUUACCUUUCUACGGGUAGUGCUAAAGAAGAUUCUGUCGAUGCUUCAUUUCGAAUUAGUUAUUGUAUCGCUAGAAAUGGUAAAAAUCAUACCAUCGGCGAAAAUUUGAUUUUGCCAAGCAUUAAAGACGCAGUUUCUUGUAUGUUUGGAGAAGACUAG